AUGGCCUGCAGCGGUGUCUGCAACAAUGCCCACGACCCGGCCCUCAUUCGCCACAGUGACGGUACCUACUACCGUUUCUCUACUGGCGGCAAGAUUGCCGUCCACACUGCACCAGCUGUCACUGGACCUUGGAAAUAUGUGGGCGCCGCGAUCCCGUCGGGCUCCAUCAUCAACUUGACCGGCAAGGAUGACCUUUGGGCACCUGACGUCACCUUGAUCGGCGAUACCUACUAUCUCUACUAUACCGUCUCGUCCUUCGGCGUCCAGGACUCCGCUAUCGGUGUCGCAACUUCCAAGACCCUUGCAGUAGGCUCUUGGACCGAUCACGGCAGCACCGGCAUCACUUCGAAGGCCGGCAAUAACUACAACGCUAUCGAUGGAGCUCUUUACUGGGAUGGCUCUAAGCUUGUCAUGUCAUUUGGUUCUUUCUGGAGUGACCUGUUCACCGUUGACAUGGUCAACCCACCUCUCAAGUCUGCCGGCGGUGCUCCUAAAAACAUUGCUUUCAAGCCUGAAGGCGAGCACGCACAGGAAGCCGCAUUCAUCGCCAAGAGUGGCGACUACCACUACCUCUUCUUCUCUGCUGGCAAGUGCUGCGGCUUUGACGCGGACCGCCCCGCCAAGGGCGCCGAAUACAAGAUCCAGGUUUGCAGGUCUACCAGUGCUACUGGCGGCUUCGUCGACAAGUCCGGCAAGAAGUGCACUGAGGGUGGUGGUACUACUGUCCUUGAGUCUCACGGUUGGGUCUACGGUCCUGGUGGCCAGGGAGUUUUUUGGGAUCCUGAGCUUGGGCCUUUGCUAUAUUACCACUACGUCGACACACGAAUUGGAUAUGCCGAUGGGCAGAAGCAAUUUGGUGUGAACAAGCUUAACUUUUCCAGUGGAUGGCCGACGGUAUGA